ACUAUCGUCUCCAGCUCCCCUCUCAGCCUCUGCGUCCUUUUCCUGUUACCGAUCCGAAAUGAAAAACCCUGAUUCUAUGGCGACCAAAACCCUAGCCCUGAAUUCUUCCAACCUCUUCCUCGAUUCUUACAGAGCUUUCUCACAGCAUUCUCCUCAAACCUCCCAUCCUUCGUCCUUCACCCUGCUCUCACAAGGAUCUUCUCUCCCUCCCGUUCCUGCGGAUUUCCCUCAAUCCAAGAUCAUUCCAAGAACACGCUUCAUCGUCGAUGGGUUCCGUCAUUCCGGUGAUUACUCUGUUUCUUACUUCCUCUCGCACUUUCAUUCUGACCAUUACACUGGUUUAAACUCCAGCUGGUCAAGAGGCGUCAUUUUCUGCUCGGAAACCACAGCUCGACUUCUCGUUGAAUCUUUAAAAGUGUCUAAUUCGUUUGUCGUCUCGUUGUCGCUCGGUGAAACAGUUCUUAUCGACGGUUGUACAGUGACACUCAUCGAUGCUAAUCACUGCCCUGGUGCGGUUCAGUUCUUGUUCCGGAUACCGGGACUGCAGGGCAAGGACGAGAGGUAUGUACAUACUGGGGAUUUCCGGUUCUCUAAUUCGAUGAAGCAAGAACCAUUGCUUAGUGGAUACACUGGCGCGGAUGCCAUUUUCUUGGAUACUACAUAUUGCAAUCCCAAAUUUGUUUUUCCCUCACAAGAUGAUUCAGUCGACUAUAUAGUCAGGGCAAUUGAAAGAAUUAGACUCGAAAACAAGGGCCUUGUGAAGUCUGUGUUGUUUCUUAUUGCUACUUAUGUGCUUGGGAAAGAGAGGAUUCUUGUUGAGAUCGCACGAAGAUGUAACUGCGUGAUACAUGUGGACAGUAGGAAAAUGGCAGUUCUGUGCGUUUUAGGGUUCGGUGAAUCUGGGAUUUUUACGGAGGAUGAUUCGGCUACAGACGUUCAUGUGGUUGGCUGGAAUAUAUUGGGUGAGACUUGGCCUUAUUUUCGACCUAAUUUUGCUAAAAUUAAGGAGAUUAUGACUGAGAAGGGUUAUUUGAAGGCCGUUGGAUUUGUCCCUACAGGAUGGAUGUAUGAAGCAAAACGAGACGGAUUUGCAGUUAGGACCAAGGAUUCUUUUGAAAUUCAUUUGGUGCCAUACAGUGAACAUUCAAGUUAUGAUGAAUUGAGAGAGUACGCGAGGUUUUUGAGACCAAAGUGUGUUAUUCCAACAGUAGGUUCGGAAAUUGAGAAACUUGAUAGCAAACAUGUUAUUGAAAUGCGGAAGCAUUUUGCUGGAUUGGUUGAUGAGACCGCAAAUAAACAAGACUUCUUGAUGAGUUUCCACUGGAGGUCCCGGACCAGGGACGAAGGCGGUGAAAUUGGCAUCAGCAUUAACUCUGAAAGGGGACUAGACAAAGAUGAUGAGGUUAAGUCAACAGGAAAGCCUUUGGAAGGACUCGAUAAUACUGAUUCAAGGUUUGGCUUGGAUUCAUCAUCUUCCCUGCAAGAGCCUAGUUCACGGGAUCUGAAUGUGGCAAGUGAUAAAGAUACGGAGGAGAUGAUUCAAGAGCUUCGUGAUUGUUUGCCUGUCUGGAUUACUCGAGAUCAGAUGUUAGCACUGCUUGGUGGCUCUGGUGGUAACAUUGUAGAUGCAGUUUCUGAGUUUUAUGAACGUGAAACAGAAUUCCGUGAACAGGUAAUUGCUUUUAGUGGCUCUGCUGCUACUCAGGCAAGUUCUACAUCAAUUCCUGAAAUAGAAUCUAACGGGGUCACUGCUCUUGGAAGUAAAAAGAGCACUCUAAGCUCAGCAAGUAAUUCUGAAGUAUUUUCUGAACUUGAAUCAAAUAAGGGUACCCCUUGUGGAAAUAAAGCGAGCACUUUAGUUCAAGAAAAGAAGUCACCACACAUGAAGCAUUCAAUUAAGAAUACCAUCUCUCCGAAGAAAAGGGCUAUGGGCUCUUUGAAUAAGUCAAACAAAAAGCCAAACAAAAAAGCAAAGGGCGGUUCAACAAUGGAAUCUUCUAGCUCUAGAUCAAAACAAACAACAAUUACAAAGUUUUUCAAUAAACUUGGGACUGAUGCUUCGCAAGUUGCUAGGAUUUGUAGUGCCGCGGCUGAACAAUGCCCCACUAGCACAAACUUGUUGCCAAUUGAUGCUAUUGAAUCAUACAAAGAAGAAGUAGAUCAAUUUCUUCAGCUAGUAAAUGGCAGUGUGUCAAGAAGCAAUGCUACUUCUUUCCUGGAGAAGGCUAAAGGAGAUGUUAAUUUGGCUCUGGAUAUAUAUUACUGUGGUUCUAGUGGUGACCUUCGAGCUGGUACUCAUUCAGUUCAAACUCAACACUGUGUUAGUACUCCUUCUGCUGGGAAAGAAGCUGAAUCAUCCGAGGAAACAAAAAAUACUCCAAGCUUGUUCAUGCAGGGGCUUUCAACUGGGGACAGUACUGCAUCUUUUGUGUCUUUACCUUUGGAAAAAUAUUCCCCCGUUGAGCACGCAUGCUGGAAUAGUGGACAGUCUGCACCAUAUUUACAUCUUGCACGCACUUUCAAUUUGGUUGAAGGGGAAAGAGGCAAGAUAAAAGCUAUUGGUAUUCUGUGCAACAUGUUCCGAAGUUUGCUUGCCUUAUCACCAGAAGAUGUGCUUCCUGCCAUUUAUCUGUGCACAAAUAAGAUUGCUGCUGACUAUGAAAAUAUGGAACUAAACAUUGGUGGCAGUUUGGUGACAGCUGCACUUGAAGAGGCAUGUGGGACUAACAGAUCUAAAAUAAAGGAAAUGUACAAUAAAAUGGGUGAUCUAGGUGAUGUUGCGCAAGUAUGUCGGCAGACUCAAUCGUUUCUUGCUCCUCCUUGCCCACUUUCAAUCAGAGAUGUAUUUUCUUCUCUUCAAAAAAUUAGUGCAGAAAUAGGCAGUGGAAGUACCACUCGAAAGAAGAUGCUCAUUGUGAAUCUCAUGCAUUCUUGUCGGGAGAAGGAAAUUAAGUUCCUUGUUCGCACUUUGGUUCGUAAUUUGCGUAUUGGGGCCAUGAUGAGAAGUGUACUUCCGGCAUUGGCACAAGCUGUCGUCAUGAACUCCAAUGAUGUUCUUCAUGAAGGUGCACUGGAAACCCUUAAGCCGAAGCUUCAGAGCAUUUCUGCAGCAGUAGUUGAGGCCUAUAAUAUUCUCCCAAAUUUGGAUUUGCUUGUUCCUUCUCUUAUGAACAAAGGCGCUGAUUUUUCUUCAACUACUUUGUCAAUGGUUCCUGGCAUACCUAUAAGGCCUAUGCUUGCCAGGAUUACUAAUGGAGUUCCUCAAGUGCUGAAGAUGUUCCAAGGUAGAGCUUUUACAUAUGUGUAUCUCCCCCCCUGUAGGUAUGAUGGUCAGCGUGCUCAAAUUCACCGAUUAACUGAUGGAUCUGUACGAGUCUUUUCACGAAAUGGUGAUGAAACAACAUCAAGAUUUCCAGAUUUGGUAAAUAUAAUAAAGGAAUCAUGUAAGCCAGAUGCUGUGACUUUCAUAUUGGAUGCGGAGGUAGUUGCUGUUGAUAGGAGAAAUGGAUGCAAGCUUAUGUCCUUCCAAGAACUAUCUUCGCGAGAGAGAGGGAGCAAAGAUUCUUUGAUCAUGGUGGACAGCAUAAAGGUUGAAGUUAGUGUUUUCGUCUUUGAUAUCAUGUUUGCUAAUGGAGAGCAGUUGUUGGGUGUUUCCCUACGUCAAAGGCGGAGAUAUUUGAAGGAUUUAUUUCAUGACCAGAAGUUGGGUUAUUUUGAAUAUGCAAUGGAGAUAAUAGUGGAAGAAGAAGAUGCAUGUGUGUCCUCUCAAACCACUUUGACUAGGAUAAACUCUUUUCUUGAAGAUGCAAUCAGCUCAUCAUGUGAAGGAAUAAUGGUGAAAUGUCUAGAUGUUGAAGCCGGGUAUGCUGCAUCAAAGCGUACAGAUACAUGGUUGAAGGUCAAGCGAGAUUAUGUGGAAGGACUGAAUGAUUCUAUUGAUUUAGUUCCUAUUGGAGCUUGGCAUGGGAAUGGAAGAAAAGCAGGAUGGUAUAGUCCAUUCCUUAUGGCAUGUUAUAACCCUGAGACUGAAGAGUUUCAAAGCGUUUGUCGCGUCAUGUCUGGAUUCUCUGAUUCUUUCUAUGUGGAGAUGAAAGAGUUUUUCUCUGAUGACAAGAUCUUAUCCAAAAAGCCACCUUAUUAUCAAACGGCUGAGGUGCCUGAUAUAUGGUUUUCUCCAGAACUUGUUUGGGAAAUAAGAGGUGCAGACUUCACAAUUUCGCCAGUUCACCAAGCUGCAAUUGGUUUAGUCCAUCCAUCUCGUGGUAUCUCUAUCAGAUUCCCAAGGUUCAUUCGCUCUGUAUUGGAUAGAAGGGUAGAUGAAUGUAGUACAGCUGAAGAUAUAGCUGAUAUGUUUCGCUCCCAGACUAGAAAGAUGGAUGUGGAAGUUGCCUGAACUUUGUCCUCGUUCUUAUGUAUAGUAUAUGUAGACUAAUUCUAGAAUGUACAGUUAAAGGAUGCAGUUGUG